UAACAGCAGGAACAUGAAGCCACCACUCCUGGUGUUUACUGUCUAUCUGCUAUGGUUGAAAGAUUGUCACUGUGCACCUACGUGGAAGGAUAAAACAGCGAUCGGUGGCAACCUGAAGAGUUUUUCUGAGGCUGGGGAGAUAAAUGUAGGUGAAGAGGUGAAAAAGGCCUUGAUCGGUAGUAAGCAAAUGAAAAUUGUGAUGGGAAAGAAAGAGGAGGAACAUUCCAAUCUAAUGAAAACCCUGAAGAAAUGCAGAGAAGAAAAGCAGGAGGCCUUGAAACUUAUGAAUGAAGUUCAAGAACACCUGGAAAAAGAAGAAAGGCUCUGCCACGUGUCUUUGGCAGAUUCCUGGGAUGAAUGCAGGUCGUGCCUAGAAAGCGACUGCAUGAGAUUUUAUACGAACUGCCAACCUAGUAGGUCCUCUGUGAAAAAUACGAUUGAACAGUUUUUCAGGAAGAUAUAUCAGUUUCUAUUUCCCUUCCAUGAAGAUGAUGAAACAGAUCUCCCCAUCAGUGAACAGUUCCUGGAGGAAGACUCACAGCUAACCCACUUGGAGGACAUGUUCAGCCAGCUGACUGUGGACGUGAAAUCUCUCUUUAACAGGAGUCUUAAUGUCUUCAAACAGAUGCAGCAAGAAUUUGACCAAGCUUUUCAAUCAUAUUUCAUGUCAGAUACAGAUGUAAUAGAGUCUUACUUUUCUCCGGCUUUAUCCAAAGAGCCAACAAAAAAGGAGGAUUUUGUGCAAAAUUGGGACCUUCCCAACUUCUUCCAGCUGUUCUAUAAUUUCAGUCUCUCUAUUUAUGAAAGUGUCGGCGAAACAAUUACUGAGACACUGAAUGCAAUAGAAGAUUUACCAAAACAGGACAAAGGCCCUGACCAGGGAGACUUGAUGUUACCUGCACAGGACAGAAGAUUGUGUGGGGAGCUUGGCCAGAAUUCGUCAGAAUGUUUCAAAUUUCAUGAAAGAUGCCAAAAAUGUCAGGAUUACCUAUCUGAAGACUGUCCUGAUGUACCUGAACUAUACACAGAAUUAGAAGAGGCCCUCAGGUUGGUCAAUGUAUCCAGUCAGCAAUACACCGAGGUCCUGCGGAUGACCCAGCAGCACUUGGAGGACACCACCUAUCUGAUGGAGAGGAUGAGAUGGCAAUUUGGUUGGGUGUCUGAACUGGCAAACCAAAUCCCAGAAACUGAGAUCAUCUUUAAUUCAAUCAAGGUCGUUCCAAGUGUUCGUGAAGAUAAUUUUUCCAAACAAAAUGAAACAACAAGCAUCCUGCCUUCUUCUAAUUUCACACUUAAGAGCCCUUUGGAAGAAAGUGCUGAGAGUUCUAACGUCAUUGGCUACUUAGUGGCGAAAGCUCUACUUCAUAUUAAGAAACAUUUUAAAAACUGGUAA